CGGGCUGCGCACGCUGCCCCUCCCCGCCGGGGGAAACGUGCUCCCGCUCCCUCCGUGCAGCGGGGCCGGGGGGCGGGCGGCUGCCUGCCUGCUGCCUCCCUUCUGCUUGACUGCUGCCUGCCUACUGCCUCCCUGCUGCCUGCCUGCUCCUCCUCGCCCAGGCUCCCGCAUUGCACCGCCGCGCCGAGCCGAGCGCGGGGCUCAGGCUGCCCCGCCGGCGCCCCCGGCCCCGGCUGGCGGAAUGAGCGCCGGCGAGGCCAAGGAGUACCUGGCCCGCAGGGAGAUCCCGCAGCUUUUCGAGAGUCUGUUGAAUGGAUUAAUGUGCUACAAGCCCGAUGACCCAAUUGAAUAUUUGGAAAGCUGUUUGCAGAAAGUAAAAGAGCUUGGAGGGCCAGAAAAAGUGAAAUGGGACACUUUUGUCAGCCCAGAAAAGAAGACCCUGCCUCCACUCAAUGGAGGACAACCCAGGAGGUCUUUUCUCAGGAAUGUGCUGCCUGAUAAUUCCAACUUCCCAUACCGCCGCUAUGACAGACUCCCUCCCAUCCAACAGUUCUCCAUCGAAAGCGACACCGACCUCUCGGAAACGGCGGAGCUGAUUGAGGAGUACGAUGUGUUUGACCCUGCCAGACCUCGACCGAAGAUUAUCCUUGUCAUAGGUGGCCCAGGAAGUGGUAAAGGAACCCAGAGUUUGAAAAUAGCAGAACGUUACGGAUUUAACUACAUCUCAGUUGGGGAACUGCUGAGGAAGAAGAUCCACAGCACGAGCAGCAAUAGGAAAUGGAGCCUAAUUGCCAAAAUAAUUACCACUGGAGAACUGGCCCCUCAGGAAACAACCAUAACUGAGAUAAAGCAGAGAUUAAUGCAGAUCCCUGAUGAAGAGGGGAUAGUGAUUGAUGGAUUUCCCAGAGAUGUUGCCCAGGCAAUCUCCUUUGAGGACCAAAUCUGCACCCCGGAUUUGGUGGUGUUCCUGGCAUGUUCCAGCCAAAGGCUGAAGGAGAGGUUACUGAAGCGUGCGGAGCAGCAGGGGAGACCUGAUGAUAACCUGAAAGCCACCCAGAGGAGACUCAUGAAUUUCAAGCAGAACGUCGUCCCCUUGGUGAAAUAUUUCCAGGAGAAAGGGCUGAUCAUCACAUUUGAUGCUGACAGAGAUGAAGAGGAAGUGUUCUCUGACAUAAGUUCAGCAGUUGACAAUAAACUAUUUGCAAACAAAGAGGCUGCAGCAGGGUCAAAUGAACUUGAUUGCAGUCUGAUUAUGGAUUCUGGAGAUCCUGUUUAUACAGAAUUUGACUUUGAGGACCAGGAGGAGGAUCAGUCAAGUUUUUCUGGUUAUGAGAGCACAGGAGACUUUUCAGAAGAUCUGAGGAAAUCAAACAUAAUUUUUGUGGUUGGUGGGCCCGGCUCUGGCAAAGGUAGCCAGUGUGAACAGUUAGCCAAGAAAUACGGAUUUUCUCACCUGUCCACUGCUGACCUUCUCCAAAAUGAGUUAUUGUCAUUAUCAGAGAGAAGUAAAUUGAUCAAAGACAUCAUGGAAUGUGGUGAACCUGUGCCUGGUGGUAUUGUUCUAGAGCUGCUGAAGGAAGCCAUGGUUUCCAGGCUAGGGGACACAAAAGGAUUCCUGAUUGAUGGGUAUCCCCAAGAGCUGAAAGAUGCAGAAGAGUUUGAGAGCAAGGUUGGGGAGCCAAAAGUCGUGUUCUGCCUGGACUGCUCUGCAGAAACCAUGAGCAGUCGCCUUCUGCUGAGGAACCAGAGCAGUCACAACCCUGAUAACGCCGAGACCAUCAAGGAGGGAAUCGAGAGCUAUUACCAAGCAGCAAAGCCUCUGAUUGCAUACUAUGAAAGCAAGACACAGUUAUGCAAGGUCGAUGCAGAAGGAACACAGGAGGAUGUUUUUCUGGAAAUCUGCAAGACAAUUGACUCUUUUCUGAGAAGGGAAGAGGCAGCACUUUCCACAGAAGCGCAGUGAUGGUGUGUACUGGUGUGUACUGGUGUGGACACAGCCUCACCUCACAUGCACCCACAGCCAGGAGUGCAAUGCUGGUCGAAGCAAUACUGCUUUCCUGAGGGGUGUCUGGAAUGUGUGCAUGUGCUGUGUCCCUCUAGGUGAAAUCCUUUCUCCUGUGCUGACAGUCCACUCCAUAGACAGUGCUCCGUGUGCCACCCCCACUCUGGCUGUUUGCUCUUCCCGGGUUCCAAGCAGGCAGGUGAGCAGCAGCUCUGGGUUGUAUGUCAUGCUCUCCUGCCUUGGAUGGGGAAUCAGGCAGUGCCUGGCCAGCAGGGAGCUCUCCAACCCCCUCACACACUGCUCAGCACACUGAUCUCAAGGUGACUGCAUACAGGUUUCCCAUCAGACAUUAUUUUAAUUAACAGUUUUAAUUUUUGGGGUGUCACUGAGCUUGUUCUCGGCCUUUAGUGACUAAACCCUGUUCUCUGUCACAUGCAGCUGUAAGACAGCUGGAAUUAGUUAAGCUACAAGUUGAACUUUUCACACAUGCCCAGAACACUAGUACAACAAGGAGAAAAAUUAAUUGAGGAUACAGUUGAAUAUCGUGGAAUUCUGUCAACCCAUCAUCGUGGUGCAGACACCAUUUUUGAGAGAGUCUUGUCUCCUGCUGGGAAUUGCAGGAUUUUAGAGCUGACUGCCCAGUUCUGUGAGCUGAGGUGAGAACAAUGGUUGUGUUGUACAGUUCAGUGUGUGAGCCAGUGAUGGUCCAUGUGAGCAACAGUUGUGCCAUAGCUGUUAAAGUCUGCACGUGAAGGUGACUGUGAGCCAGAACCUACCAUGCCACCUUGAAAUCGUACUUGGGGAAGCAUUUCAAAUGCAAAAUUCACAUCAUCAUCAUCAUCUCUUGUCUUGUACUGCCACUGCCAAAACCUGGGGAGGAGGGGUGUGUGUGUGG